AUGGGGGGUGCUGCGGAGGGCGACGUGGACUCCCUGGACGAUGAACCCAAGGCGACCCGGGCUAUGGGACAUCCUGACUGGGCAGUGUACACUCUGGCUGCAGUACUGAUUUUCACCACUGUGGUCGAUGUACUGGGAAAUCUACUGGUGAUCGUGGCAGUGCUCCGAAACAGAAAACUACGCAAUGCAGGAAACGUGUUUGUGGUGAGCUUGGCCUUCGCUGACCUGGUAGUGGCACUGUAUCCCUAUCCUCUGGUGCUAUAUGCUAUCUUUCAUGAUGGAUGGUCACUAGGGGAGACGCAGUGCAUGGUGAGCGGUUUCCUAAUGGGUUUAAGUGUCAUCGGCUCCAUCUUCAACAUCACAGCCAUCGCCAUUAACCGCUACUGCUACAUCUGCCACAGUUUCUCCUACGACAAGCUCUACAGUUACCGAAACACACUGCUCCUGGUUGCUCUGGUCUGGCUCCUCACCAUUGUCGCCAUAGUCCCCAAUUUCUUUGUAGGGUCCCUCCAAUAUGACCCCCGGGUUUAUUCUUGCACUUUUGCCCAGACUGUCAGCACCUCCUAUACUAUCGCAGUAGUAGUAGUGCAUUUUUUCGUUCCAAUCACAAUUGUCACGUUUUGCUACCUGCGAAUAUGGAUUUUGGUCAUUCAGGUACGAAGGAAAGUCAAGACAGAAGUUCGACCCAGGCUUAAACCAAGCGAUUUGAGAAAUUUCAUGAUGAUGUUUGUAGUUUUUGUGCUUUUUGCGAUUUGCUGGGGGCCACUGAAUUUGAUCGGAUUGGCAGUUUCAAUAGAUCCUGCCUUGGUAGCACCAAAAAUCCCUGAAUGGCUGUUUGUGGUGAGCUACUUCAUGGCCUACUUUAACAGUUGCCUUAAUGCUAUCAUUUACGGCAUGUUAAAUCAAAACUUUCGAAGGGAAUACAAACGAAUUAUAAUGUCGGUUUGGAAUCCACAGCUGUUUUUCCAAGAAACUUCACGUGGAGGAACAGAAGCGAUGAAAAGUAAACCAUCACCUGGACUGAACAAUAAUGAACAACAAGGAGAAACGCAAUGA